AAAAUAGUGGAUCCGAGCUUGCAGCUCCUAGCGAACUAGACAAGCUCCCUUCUGUUUUAACAUCAAAAAGUCACGUCAAGCCACAAAACACGCAAAAUCAUCAACGCAUGAACCGCCAUUACAUCUCAAUUUGUUGCUAUAGAGCUCGGUAACAAUCGACUUGGUACAAACGCUGGGGAACAAAGAAAAAGUAAACAAUGUCACAAUCAGCGUCUCGCGGCGGCGAACGCAUGGUUCACCAGGACUUCAUCGCGCGCAUCAGAUAUUCGAAUACGCUUCCUCCACCACCAAAUCCGCCAAAACUCCUCGAGAUUCCUAAUACCGGCCUUGCCAGUGGGCAGUACACAAAUCCCGGUUUCGCAUCGCGUCUUGCACGAGAACAACCCCUCAACAUUGAAGCCGAUGCAGAGCUGGGCAUGCCAUUGGACCUGGUGGGAAUGCCAGGCGUCUUCGAUGGUGAUGAGAGCUCAAUCCAGGCCCCUGCGCAAAACCCUACGAUACACCCUCACGACAGGCUGCUGCUGCGACCACUGGCAACGCUAGGGAAGCCCAAAGCCAACGACGCUGCCGUCUCCUUCUUGAGGAGAACCGAAUACAUCGCCACUGCAAAGCGCGCGCCGAGCGAUGGAGUCAGUCCCUUCAUUAAAUCGACGAACAAGCGACCAGGGCAGGCGGGCCCAGCGGCCCGGAGGGCCUUGAAGCGGCCAAGUCCGGAGAUUGACGAAGACGCAGGCACGCCGGCGCACGUCAAGCGCAAGAUCGCGCAGUCGUUUGAGACGGCGGCCCGCGACCUUGCGGACCCGAACAAGCAUGUGCGACACCCGCGCGGCCGCAACGCCGUCGUGAAGGAGGUGCUCCCGCUCCUGCCUGACAUGGACGCGUUCCCCGACAGCGGCGCAUACGUGACGGUCAAGUUCUACACACCACCGCUGACGGGCGUCGCCGACGCCAAGCCGAGCGUCUACGACACCCGCAUGCUGUCGGCCGUGCUCAAGCCGGCGCCCAAGACGGAGCAGGAGAUGGAGCGCCUGCGCAGGCUCGAGGAGGCGUACCAGCGCGACCCGGCCAACGUGCCCAAGCCGCCGCCCAGCACCGAGCUGGACUUUUACCUUCCCGACACCACGGCGGCGGGGGCCAAUUUCCGGCGCAAGUUCGACGUGGCCGACCCGGAGAAGGACGACGCGGCUCUGUACACUUCGGGCGAGUACUUCCAAUUCAAUCGCAUCCGACGCUACGAGACGGCCGAGGAGGUGGAGCUUGACCACACCAGCAAAUACGACGUCGAGGUGCUGCUGUCCCUCGGCGACGAGGACAACGGCACGGGACGCGCCGCCGCGCUCUUCUAUCCCGUCAUGCAGCGUAGCGUCAUCAAGUCGCAGCGCGGAAAGAACAUCCUGCGCACGCGCGGUCUCAUCGGAGGCCAGGACGAGGAGGAGAUCAUUGACCAGCUCGACGUCACGGUUGACGAUGCACCGGCGGAUAUGCAGGAGAUGAUGGACUACUUCAAGAACCAGCCGCGGGUCGACCCCAACGCGGGAUUGGAGGAGGAGGAUGCUGCUGCCGACGACGGGGAUCGUGAGAAGCAGGGUUCACCGGCUGGCCGUGACGGCAGCCCAGACUCUGUGAACGGCAGGGCGGGUGGCGAUUCGGAGGAGCAGGAUGCUGAGGGUGAUGAAGAGGAGUAAAUUGACGUAGCGGGCGUGGGCCGUGGGCCGGUCGAGCAAGCGCGGAGAUUGGUGGCCUGUAAUACAUUUGUAGCAAUAUAGGUGCAACUUGCUCAGGUGCAGACUUCUAUCAAGUAUCGUACUUGUGUGCUUGCGUGUGAUGGAGUCCAGCUUUUUUGGUCGUAAACUCCGUCAGUCUCUGGUUCACCUCAAAACUUGAGACCAUAUAUAUGUAUUCCAAUACAACAUCA